CAGUAAAUGCCAAACACUGGAAAUACUGCAUUAGUGAAGACGAUCAGUGAUCACAAGUUCUCACAACAAGAUUACAGGAAAGACAGUGAACGAGACAGUUUCACACAACACAGCAAACUGCAGCCUUUAAUGAAAAGCUUCCUCAUAGUUUCUCUCUAAAAUUCAGCCAUUGCUUAUUUUUGCAGGGCAAUGCAUUGCAAUAUAUUAACAGGCCUAUCAUUUAAAUGUCGUUUUACUUGUUUGAUCCACUGAAACCUUCCUUCCUCCUUCACACCUCUCCAUCCCAUCUGCAUACAGUCCCAUUAUCUCCUCUAACUCACUCAUAAACAGUGUAUACACACAGUCUGUGGUGUCAACGCACCUGCCUUUCUCCUCCUUUCCUUUCCUCUUCUCCGUCUGAGAGGUCUUCACCAAACGCAGUCUGUCCAUCAGCUGCCCUCUUGUUCUUUGCGGCCUUUAUCCUCGCAGAUCAGACAUGUUCAGUGCUUUUGUUUAUAUGUUCAUUGCGUUGAACUCGUUUUGUCACCGCUCGUCUGCUGCAGGUCACGGGGAUCCGUCGUGGUUCAUGGGAUGCGUCAACGCCAGCAACAGACUUUAUCCACAUGAGGAUGUCCGUGACCUUGACCCGGUAACCUGCUCUGUGCGCUGCCUGGAUGAAGGGUACCAGACUGCAGCAUUAACAUUAGAGAGAUGUUACUGUGGUAACCAGCUGCAUGGUUGGAUAGUCAGUGGGUGCUUCAACAUAUCUUCCCAUGGAGGGUCAAAGGACAUCAGAGGAGAAAGUGAGGGACGAAGUGUGCUGUACCUGCCUGUUGGAGGUGGAAAGGGAAAUGUGGCACUCUACAGAACUGAAGGACCCUUUCUGCACAGCAUCAGUGUGUCUACCUCUCCAGACAGAGUGCAUGCUGGGAAAACUUUUGUCUUGGAGGUUUCUGGAAACCUGGCUGGACGCCCCAACCAGCCCACAGGGAUUGUGGGUCUGGGAGAGGAGAGCCUCUCUCAUGUCAAUGUGGAGUUUCUGUGGACGACCACUGCAGGUCAAAGUUCACAUCAUGUCAGCGUGUUGGAUGAUGGUUCCUUUGCUGUGUCAUCUGAUUGGAUUUUGGAAACUUCAGGAAAACAUGAAAUCAACAUCAGCGUCUCCAACCCUCUAUCCAGACUCUCCUCCACCCUCCAGCUCUCUGUCUUGCAGCCAUUUCCUGACACCUUGGUGAUCUCUUUGCUUCAUGGCCCGUUGGGCGUCCCCUCCUGCAUCCCCUUCCUACAGAUGAACUCCCACAAUGUGACUGUGAAGGCAGCAUACGUGGGUGACCCUGUCACACUACAGGCAUAUGUGGCUGAUGGGCUGGAGGCAGAGUUCUCCUGGUGGUUUACUCACAGAGAGAGGGAGGAAAACAAGGGGGUGGAAGAAGAGAGGACGAGUGUAAAGACAGCUUGCCUCCCCAACACUGACUGUCUGAACAGUACUAUGAACUGGACCUUUGAAACAGAAGGAGUUCACGUGGUGUCAGUAAAUGCCUCCACUACCUCUGGAUGGACGCAGGAGACAAUCCAUAUUGUGGUUGUGCGUCUUGCUGUCUCUGACCUAAGAGUGAGUGUGUCUGGGGAACAGCUGAGUGUAGGAGAGGGCAUUUCUGUAGACGUGCAGCUGCUCACCACCAUGAAGCACCUACUUCUUCUCAACCUCACACUGAACAGCGACAACAACCAAAAUGAUGAUGACAGAAGUGACUUAACUAAUUGCAAUGAAAACAUCAGCAACAACACCGCUAACAUUAAUAAAGCUGAGAAUCAUACAGGAAAAAUUACCAACCAGGAAAACAGUAAUGAUCACAACUGUAGCAACGGUAGCCAUGGAAACAUCAACUAUGAUCACAAUCUCAGUCAACACCACAAUAACAUCCGUUGUCACAGUGGCACCCACUCACAUCCCCACCCUAACGGCCUCAUCCCUCUACACCACCUUCACACAUCCAACCGCUCCAGCUGCCGUCUGCACCUCCACCUUCACUGCCGCCUCCCCACCGCUGCAGGACAGUAUCACCUCACAGCGUCUGUCCUUUCCACCGCUGAUCCUUCAUCAGUGCUGCUCUUCACUGUCCUGCCUCCAGCCUUGAUGGUAUAUGAGCGUAUACGAGCCCUGAGGCCUUCUGGGAGUUGGAUGUCAGUAGUUCUGACACAGACUGAAUUCAGCCUGGAGGUUGUCAGCUGUGUGAAGUCGAAAGUGGUUUGGACUUUUAGUUUGGAUGAUGCUGUUGUGAUUAACAGAACAACUGAAAAUUGGAACAUAAAUGUGUCUCUUCCAAUAGCAGGGAGUUAUAAUGUCACAGUUAAGUCAUUUAACCCAGUCAGCUGGGCCUCCUUCCACACUCACAUACUGGUUCAAGAUCCAGUUGAAGAGCUGGUCUUAAAGGUUCCAAGUGUGAUCACAACAAAUCGAAAACAUUCAGUUUUAUUUAGCGUCACAGCAGGGUCGAAUGUAACUGUGUCUCUGCUGGUGAAUGCAACAGUACUGUACAGAAACAGCAACUACGCUGCAGAAGAGGAGGCAGCAGUGGUUUUGUUUUUUGACCAUGCUGGGACAGUUGUGGUUGAGCUUCGAGCUGAGAAUCGAGUCUCUUCUCAGAACAAGAGCGCGACAGUACGUGUUGAGGGGAAACGGAAGCCGUCACCACAAGUUAAUCCAAUCUGGCAACCACCCACUAGUCAAAGGCCUGUUCACAACCUUACUGACAAUGCUGUGAGGAUUCAUGCAGCACAACAAGCUUAUCCCACAAACACAGAUAUAACCUUCCUGGUUGUAGCUGAUGUCCCAGUCCCUGUGGAGUUUCUCUGGUACUUCGGAGACUCAAAAUCCGCCAGAACCACCUCAAAGACCAUCACCAAAAGAUACUACACUCCCGGCAGGUAUGAUGUAGUCGUAGUUGUGUCUGGUGGUCGGACCUCCCUCACCUCUGAAGUGUUCCCGCUGGUCAUCCAGAGAGCAGUAAAGCUCAACAGGCUUGUCCACCGGGCCUCUGUCCUGCAGAACCACACAGUGACGCUGCGUUGCCGGGUCAACAUGGGCACCGAUGUCAUCUUCCUGUGGAGCUUUGGAGACGGAACAACAAGGCUGGGACAGAGCACAGAGCAGCACAUCUUCCACGAGACAGGUGAGUUCACAGUGGAAGUGAUUGUAUCUAACCUGGUGAGCUCUGCUUCUCUGAGCAGCCACAUCUUUGUUGUGGACCAGCCAUGUCAGCCUCCACCAGUCAAAAACAUGGGGCCUCUCAAACUACAGGUGCGAAGAUACGAGGUUCUCCAUCUGGGGGUGACCUAUGAGACUGAAGUUGACUGUGACAAAUCAGGAGGCCUUCACUACACCUGGACCUUGUUUGACUCUGCAGGCCAGGUCUUCCCUUUGACUCUCACAAACACUAACAGACAGAGCCUCAUACUGCCGAGCCAUCUCCUGCACUAUGACACCUACACUGCCAUAGCCAGGGUUCAGGUUGUCGGCAAUGUGGUGUACAGUAACUACAGUGUGAGAGUUCAAGUGAUACCCAGCCCUCCUGUGGCGUCCAUUCAGGGCGGCACCAACAUCUUCAUUAACAACAGAAACACCACCGUGGUAACCCUGGACGGGCAGAGAUCUUACAACCCUGACUUCCCCAUGAAGCCAGUCAGCUUCAGCUGGGCAUGUAAACCAGUCAGCUCCAUCACCGGAUCCUGUUUCAACCAACACGUUACCACUUCCUCCUCUGUGCUCACGUUUCCUGCUAGUUUCCUAAAACACAACUUUGACCAGUUUCGGUUCACACUCACCGUCAGCAGUGGAGAGCAUUCAGCUUCAACAGAGACCUUCCUCACAGUGACAUCAAAUGUAAUUAGAAAGGUAGCAGUUUACUGCCCUCAGUGCCGAGGAGACCAAACGAACUGGGAUCAGUCUUUCUCUGUCAGUGCCUUGUGUGAAGACUGUGAUGUUUCCCAACAAAACAUCCAGUACACCUGGAGCCUGUACUUGGUCAAUGCUUCGUCCAAACCUGUCACAGAAGUCCCAUUUUGUUACACAGUGGAUCUCAGUGCUCCUUCCACCAUCAGUGAGGGUCCUGCUACUUCUCCUCAGACUCCUGGGACAUCCACCCUGCAUCCACCUGCUGCAGAUGCUUCACACUACACUCAUACUGUCCCCCUGAGUGAGAAUGCUUCUGAAACUGCAGCCAAAAAGCAAAAUCCGAAUGUGACUGACAGCGAGACAUCAUUAAAGAAGAACAGAAACAUGUUACACAUCGCCGGUUUGACAGACCCUGAGCCACUCCUCAGCUCUUCUCCAGUCAACAUAAGAACAGCAGAGUCAGGAGAGGAGUCCAUUUAUCAUCCUCUGGGAGAGUUUCUAGAGCCUCUGUACUCCUCAACUGAAUAUUCGCCACUUGCCCUUGACAAUGGUAGCAGCCAGGGUGACGUUAUCAGCAAAUUCCCUAUUGACUCAGACUCCUCUACUGACUGGGAGUUUUCUUUUCCUGUCCUGGAGAGUGGUGAUGUGGGAGAUGGACUGGAUUCAGAUUAUGAUGUUCCCUUCCUGAGCACAGAGGAGGGAGACCCAGGAAUCUCAGCAGGAAGACCCACAGGUGUUGAUGAUGACACCUUCAGUCCAGAAGAUGACUCAGUGUUUGAUCCAGCAUCACAUGUCGAUGAGGGGAGUAAUCUGGUGGAUUCCAGGCCGUCUAUGGUGAUCCAGGAGUCAACUUUGCUUGACUUACCUCGAGACCCAGUAGACAGAGCGCUGUUUGAGUCCUACACUUACACAGGAAUUUCCUCCCCUUUGCUCAGCUUCAGACCGUUCAGUCUGAGACCGGGGAGCAGAUACAUGUUGGGGGUUACUGCCAAGUCUCAAAGUAGUUUUCUGGGCCGGACUCAGAUAUUCUUAAAAACCAACCCUGCUCCAAAAGGAAUGACGUGCCAGGUGCAACCGAUCAAAGGGUCGGAGUUAUACACACACUUCAGCAUCUUCUGCACCUCGGGGAAAGAGGACUUACUGUAUGAGUACAGCUUCAGUGUCGGAAACAGACCUCCCAGGAUAUUGUAUCAGGGGAGAGACUUCCAGUACUACUUCAGCCUUCCUUCUGGAGACCGCAGCGACGACAAUAAAGUAACUAUUUACACAAAGAUCAGAAGCAGCACGUAUGGAACAGCCACUAAACCCUGUCCUGUCACCGUCCAAGUCCAGCCAAGCUUCCUCAGAGACUCCUCUUCCCAUCAUGAUCCUGAUCUGGAGCUUUCAGAGUCAGGUCUGAAGAACCUGUCAGCUCUGGUGCAGCUUGGGAACAGUGUGGAGAUCCGUAACUACAUUAGUCUCCUUUCCAGCAUUCUGAACAGACUCAGCAUGGACACUGAGGCCAACACACACGCACAGAGACGCAUACGCAAUAUACUCAUUUGUACAGUGUGUGAACUCGAGAGCAGCGAACAGGUAUCAAUGGUGGACAGCAUCUACAUUCUCAACGACCUUUUACAGGUCACAAGUCAGGUAACAUUAGCCAGUGCCAGACGGGUGAGAGCUCACAUUCAGGCCAUCUCAGAGCAGUUUUCUGAGUCCAGUGUUCCUGUCUGGUACCAUCUGGACCAGAAGACGCUGAACAGCCUGGUCACCCUGCUCUCAUACAGCCUGCAGGCUGCUGUCACCGGUUAUGACUUCACAACCAACAGUGCUGACAUUACACAAGAAAUGGAAUCAGACUCACAUACUGGUGAAAACAUAAGAAAUGCCAUAGCUGAUCCAAAUGGCUGCAUAUCAGACUCAUCCAGUGGUGUUUUUAUUAAAACAUCUAUUUCAACAAAGCAGGUGAUGCGGCUUGUAGAUGAUAUUCUGCAGACUGCUUCAGAUCUGAUGCUGAAGUACAUCUUGUUCUCUAAGAUCCAGGAGCACAGAGUCAACACCAGUCUCAUGUCCCUCUAUGUCACAUACCAAAACCAAACCUCCACAGUCAUCAGCAGUGACACAACCACCUUCUACAUGCCUCCCUCCCUCAUCCAGCUUCUGUUUGUUGGUCAUAGAGGAGAGACUGAGAGCAGACAGCGUCAACCAUGUGUGCUCAGCCUGCUCACUGAGCUCCCCUACAGCCCUUACACCUUGACCCGCUAUCCUGGAAGGUUGAGUGGACCGGUGGUUGACCUGAGUCUGUAUGAAUGCAGCACGAGAAGAAAAAUUCCUGUUCGAACCCUCUUUCAGCCAAUCAACAUCAAGCUACAACAACCACCAAGAAAUGAGAGCUCUGUGCGUGAGUUUGUCCUCCUGCGCAGCCAGAUCAACUACCACAGCUUCAACAUUACCCAGGAGCACUUGAAGCAGGCCGUCCAGCUGAGUGUGGUGUUUGCACCGCCACCCAACAAGACGUUUCCCAUCAUGCUGCUCUUCAGGAUGUUUGAGAGGCCGACUCCCAGCAUGCACCAUCUGCACAGGAUUCACCGCUGGAAGAGCAACAGCACUCGCAUCACUCUGCCACCGUCCUACCUCCAUACUCCAGGUGUUUGUUACUUGGCCCUGCUGAAUGCUGACUUUGCGAAGCCACCCAGACACAGUCACCUGAGCAGCCAGGUCAACUACAGUCUCACAGCGGACAGCAGCCUGUGUUUGUCCUGGAAUGGCCACCAGGGGGCCUGGACACACAUUGGCUGCAGAACACACCAGGCAGACACAAAUACUACAGUCAACUGCAGUUGUCACCAGUUGAGGCUGUUGACUGUGGUGCAGCAGCAGAUCCAGAGCAGCCAUGACACAGUCGAUCUGGAUCCGUUCCUAAGUGUGUCCAGUGAUGUGACAGUGCUCUGUGUGCUGGUGCUGUGUGUUUGCCUGUACGUCCCGGGGUUGGUGGUGUGUAGGAGAGCUGACGUCGUCUCCGAGAAGAAUCAGAGAGUCCACUACCUUAUUGACAACUCUCUAUGUGACCCAUACCUCUAUGCUGUAACCAUCCACACUGGUCUCUACUCUGCAGCCAGUAUGAGUGCAAAGGUCUACAUAGUGCUGUGUGGUGAAGAUGAGUUCUCGCAGACAAGAGAACUACAAGUCCCAGGAUGCAUUCUGUUCAGGAGGAACUCUCAAGCCACCUUUAUACUCAGUGCAGCAACCAGCCUGGGCGCAGUGCGGGGGGUUCACAUCUGGCAUGACAACUCGGGACCCUCCCCGAACUGGUACCUCAAACUGGUGGAGGUAUCUGAGGUGAACAGAGGCCACGUGAAGGGUCGUGCUUGGCUCUUUGUCGGUCAGUGCUGGUUGGCUGUCAACAAAGGUGAUGGCCAGGUGGAGAGAACACUACGUGUUUGUAACCAGGGAAUAGGCUUUGCUAAGAUGUUGUGCCUAAAGUUAUCUGACUACUUGGCCGACCUCCACACCUGGAUAUCUGUGUGCACCUGCCCCUGCCCUGGCUCGUUCACACGCACUCAGAGACUUAGCGUGUGUCUGCUGCUACUGUUGGGUUACGAAUGUGUCAGCGCAGUAAUCAUAUCAAAAAUAGAUGAGCAGUUGCCGUUGCAGUUGGGCAUGGUUGAUGUAUCAGCUGUUUCUGUGACAACGGGAGUAUUAAGUGUGGUGGCAGUGUUGCCCGCAGCAAUAGUGAUAUCAUUCCUGUUCCGACUGCGUAAGGUCAAGCUGACGGGGUCAGGAGUCCAAUACGCAAAUGGCAGAAAGUUUGACAGUGACUGUUUUGAUGAUGCACUGUCAGUGAACAACAGUAUAUUCGAGCCCUCCUGGAGCAGCCUUCAACAGUGGGCGCAGGAAGCCUGGAGGAAGAAACAUCAGGAUACAGACUGGCUCUCCGUGUCCACUAGGGAUCUGGAAAAUAAAGACACACAUGAGAAAUCUGUGAUCCAAACAGAUGUGGUCAUAAGGAAGGAGGAUGCUCUUUCAGUUGAGAGCAGUACGGGACCAGCACUUCAAAACUCAUUUCUGAUUACAGGCGGAAACAAGGUUGAUCAAGGACGUCACAGAAAAGAGUUGGAUAGUGUUAGUGAAAGCCGCAGGUUUCAUGGAACCCAGAAAGAUAAUUUGUCUGGUACGAAGGAGAAAGAUCCAUCAGAUGGUGGCUUCGAGGAUGACAGGCUUCGCAAGGCAGCGUGGUCAGGGCAUAGUGGUGGUUCCCACAUCACUGACACACUGAGAGGAAGACAAGUCAGAUCAACAUCACAGUGGUGUCAAUAUCUGGCCUGGGCACUGUGUCUGCUGUUGUCUCUCAUCUGCCUGGUGCUCUCUGCAGUGCUGGGGCUGAGGUUCAGCAGCAGCAAGGUUCUGCUUUGGAUACACUCUGUUUUCUUCUCCUUGUUGUCUUGCAUCUUCCUGAUCCAGCCAGCUGUGAUACUUGCAGUGGCAGUGACUGUCUCCCUUUGGUACAGAAGAAGACCUGACUUUCAUAGUUUCUCAAGUAUCACAGACUUUGAGAUAGAGACUUCUAUACUGUUGAGUCAAAAUGGUGCUAAUCAACCAGAAGAGCAGUUCAAGCCACCUGCUUUCCUCCAGGAAAGACGCUCAUAUCUCAAAAAGCUGCUUGGAGCUCGUCAGCGAGCCAGAUACCUACGUCUUGUGCGUCCGCCAACUCCAGCAGAGCUGAGGAGGACUCGUGGGAGGAAAAGAAGAGAGACUCUUAUCCGUAAAACCCUCAGGGAUUUCUCUGUCUGCGUCUCUAUGCUUUUCCUGAUGAUGUGUAUAACCUAUGGCAGCUCAUUCAGUGACCAUUACCAUGUCAAUAAAGCUGUCAGAAAACAGUUUCUAGGCAGCCAGGAUAAUGAGUUCAUUUCCAUACAAAAGCAUGAUGACUGGUGGAGGUGGACACAGACCAGCCUGCUUAACUUACUGUACAAAAAUGCAUCAGACACAACUAUGGUUGAUGUCAUCCAACAAUCACACAUCUUGAUUGGUGAGCCAAUCCUGUGGAAGAUGGAGAUCUCCAGCUCAUUUCAGGACCAGGUUUCUGGCGUGACUCUUGUACCAGAAUGUCUUCACUUAUUAUCUGGGAGCGGAGCAUCAACUUACCCACAGUCAGAUGCCAUGGGUGCUAUGGGAACACCUUCAAGGACAUGUGGUCACCUGGGCUGUUAUUUAGGACCAAGUGCUACAGUUAGUCUCGGCCACACAAAGUCUGACGCUCUGUUCAGAUUGAAGCUCCUGCGUUCAUGUGGCUGGCUGGGCAGACAGACGGUGGCCCUGAAGGUCCAGUUCACCUUGUACAGCCCUGCACCCAACUUGUUCAGCAGUGUGACCCUGCUUGCUGAGCAGAGCCCCAUCGGUAACCUGCUGCCCUCUGCCAAAGUCCAGUCAGUUAGGUUGUAUCACACUCCUUCCGUGUGGGACUAUGUUGUCAUGGUCUGCCAGCUUCUCUUCCUCCUCUUGUCUCUGCUGCAUCUCUGUCUUCAAGUGUACACUGCAGGGCAGCAAGGGCUGAUGGGAUACUGCAGGACACCCUGCAACUGGCUGGAAGUCAUUCUGCUGACAGUGAUCAUGGCGUACUAUGUUCAUUACAUAUAUCACUCUGUGGUCAUCAUGGAGGUUGUGGAGCUGCUGCAGAGACACAACUACAGAGGGCAUGUGGAUGUUAGCCUUCUGGCUACCUGGGAACAAUAUAUUCGUGCUCUGCGUGGCGUUAUGCUCUUCCUUCUCACCAUGAGGUGUGUGAGUGUGUUGGGGGUGACCAGGACCUCGUCUACCUCUGCUACACUUUUCGCCCGCUCACUCUCCAGCCUCAUCUGGCCGAUGAUUUCAGGUCUUAUCCUGCUGGUGGCGCUGUCCUGUGCGGGGAACCUUCUGUUUGUACAAAGCUCCUGGGCUUUCAGCUCCCUUCCUCGCUCCCUUCAGACUCUGCUCCGUCACUACCGGGGUCUCAGGGCCGUCAGGGGCCUCCUCCAUUCAGGACAUGAUUUCCUUUACUAUAGAGCUCUCUAUCUGUCCUGCACAGUAGUGUGGACAGCAGUGAUGAUAGGUGCCGUGUCCUCGUUGGUCAGACGUGCCAAAAGAUCUCAGAGCAGGAGUGAUGUCCUCACCAUGAGAGAAUUAUCCAGUUACAUCAAACUGAAAGUUUCUGAGUUUACUGGGCAGCAUAAACCAACAUGGACUGGUAACAGUGUGGAGACGAGGACCUAUUACCUCGAGGAGUUUGAAAGCUUAGUAGAUGAACUGUUGUUCAGACUCAAUGCACUCUCCAACAGCCUGCACCACAUGCUGCCCCCCAAAGCCCAUUGCUACAGGGAGGACAGCCCUGUCAUGUCACUCAUACAGGAACCCUCCAACAUGGACUCACAGAGCUUCGUAAGAACACACAUGACAGAACAAACGAUGGUGAAUGAUCACACAGAUGUCAGUGAUCAUGGAGAAACCCCACCUGCACCUCACCUACUCAGAUCUCAGCUUGAACUGAAGAUACUGCAGCUCCCUGCAUACAGAGGCCAAAGAACAGACAGUCCUUCCUCUGACAACGCUGUGGCUUCUGAUAAUUCUAAGCAGAGUAUAACAAGAUCUGAAAAACAUCCAAAAUCCACAGUGCUGCAGCCUUAUUUUAUGAGACAAAACUGUCUCCCAGAGUCAGCAUCUCCUACAGGGCUUUGGAUGGCAGAGUACCUGCAAAGUGGACGGCCAGUGUCUCAAUCAGUCCUUUGUGAUGUUCUGGAGAUGCAAAGCAGCCAACAUACUAAGACAAGUGACAGCUGUAGGUUUAGUAGAAGUGAUAAGUGUAGGGCCAAGGGUCCCACAGCCACUCAGACCACCCAUACAGAGGUGGUGGUGGAGGUUCUCGUGCAUGAGGAGCCUGACAGUGUAUAGCCAGAUAAACAGUAGGAAAACAAGACAUCUGUGAGCUUUCUUAUUCUGCUAGGAUGCAUCUGGCCAUCAUCAUAUUCUACUAUCAUUAUUGUCAACUUUUUGCCCGUUUGAAAAGAAUGUUUGAUAUGAAUUUACAAUACAAAGUCACAAAGACUUGCUUUAGUUGUUGCUAUUCGUUAAAUUAUUGGUUAAAGUCCCCCUCCAGUCAGAGAUGUGUUUUGUUUGUUGAUCCUUUAUUUGUAUGUUUGACACAAGAAGGCUGAAGUGUGAAAGUUUAAGACAUGUGACUACAAGCAUGAUUUGUGACAUCACAACUAGUUUGGGGCCAAUUGUUGUCCAGUAUAGAAGAGUGAUGUGGAAACUUGAAGCCUCCAGUAUACACUAAAAAUGCAUUUUUCAAUGAAGUGUGAGACAUCUUGUACCCAGUUAAACUUUUGAAAUGAAACAUAUUUGCAUAGACUAUUUGUAGAUUCUGGAUUUGGAACUUUUUUAGUGGAAAAAACAUCUUAGACACAAAUUAUUCAAAGCAGAGUAUUUUACAUAUCUUAAAACAUGUCUGGAGGGGAUCUUGAAUUUAUUCUGUAUUAAUAACUAAAGACAAUUUUGAGUUGCCAGGUUGUGGAUAAGAAGUUUUUGGUCUGUGUUUUGAGUUUUUCUACUUUAGAAGGCAUCAAGCCUGCAGUUGUAAAUGUUAGUAAAUCAUUAAAUAUUUCGGGCCAAAUGUUCUGCAGCCUUCCUCUAGAAAAAGUAAUGCACACCACCACAUGUGUUGUUAAAACUGGUGACUGCAAAGAUAAAGUAAACUGACGACACACCCAAACUGAAGGGAACCUUCAACUAAAUAGACUCACAACCUUAUCCUUAAAAUUACAUCUACUCCAUCUCCCUCAUUAAAAAUAUAAUCAUAAUCUAUAAAUGCGUCUAUAAAUGUGCAAAUAUAUUUCAUUUCAGAAGUUUAACUGCUGGGCACAACAUUUCUACUUUAACACUCCUACUUUAGGUCCAUUCUCAGCAUCCUCAGUUCUUCUUAAUACAUCCAUGACUCUCAGUGUACAGUACCAGUCCAUUUCAAGUGAAUGGGAAAGUGUGUCCAAACUUUUG